AUGGCGAAGAUCCGGGUGUCGUACGAGUAUUCGGAGGCGGAGGAUAAGAGCAUCCGUCUGGGCUUGUUCCUGAUCGCCUGCGGGAUCCUGAGCCUCUUCAUCCUCGGCUUCUGCUGGCUGAGCCCGACGCUGCAGAGCCUCCAGAGCAAGCCGGCCAACUGCACGGUGGUGUCGGUGCUGCGUCCGGAGGAGAUGUUCGAGUGUGUGUUCACGUGUGGAGCCGACUGCAAAGGGACGUCCCUCUAUCCCUGUCUCCAGAUCUUCGUCAACAACUCGGAGUCCAGCUCGGUGGCUCUGCUGCACUUCGACGAGCAGCAGCUGGUCCUGAACCCGAAGUGCUCCUACGUCCCUCCCUGUGAGCGGGACAACCAGAAGAACAGAGACAGCGUCCUGUGGUGGGAGGACUACUUCACCAAGGAGGUCAGCAGCCAGGCCUUCACCUGCUUCUUCAACCAGCAGAGGAGGCCCGAUGACGUGUUGUGGCGUCGCUCCCAUGACACCAGCGUCCUGCUGCACUGUGUCCUCUGGCCCAUGGUGUCCCUGCUGCUGGGGACGCUCAUCGUGCUGCUCACGGUGUGCGCUCGCUCCCUCGCCGUCCGGGCCGAGGCGCUGCAGAAGAGGAAAUGCUCCUACGAGGUUUGCCAGGACCUGUCUGCCACCGCCUCAGAGCGCCGCGGCACCAAGGCCGGAGACCCCCCCUCCACCAACUCGGAGGCCGAGCUGUCCUCGCCCUCAAGGACCCUGCCGCUGUUCGCGGUGCCGGUGCGACGCCGCGACCGAGAACAUUAGGAAGGAACUGAAAGUUGUUUUAAGGUCAUCAAGUCUUUUCUCUAAAGAUGCUGACGAGCCGACACCGAGAGCGGUUUGAUUAAUCUGAAGACAUGAGGUGAAGCUGGAAGCCUCGUUUCCCCUGUGGCCACUAGAUGUCAGCAGAAUCACUUUAGAGAAACAUCUGCACUUUUUCUCAGAUCUGAACGAACUCGAUCUGCGAGGAAUCCGAACCCUCCGAUCAUAAUCAGCUUUUCUUCUGUGGUAGCAUCAUCACAAACGGUUAUUUAAAGACAGGAAACAUGCGUCAGAUUCAAGUGAACUGGACUUUACUGUCGCUCUUCUCUUAUCCCAGUUUCCCAGCAGCCAAACCAGUGGUCGAACAGUGAAGAGCGUUCAAGAGGGUUUUAUUCAUGUUCCUGAACCUGAGACACAUGUUGCAC